CAUUUGCAAAAAAAAAAACAUUUUUUCACCGCUCAUAAAUUAACUUUGCGAAAUAGUACAAAUAAUUUAAAUGAAUUAUGUUAAAAGUUUUAAUUAAUUUACUUAUAUUAUUUAUAAGUUGGCUGGUACUUAUUGAGGCUAGAAAACAUGAUUUAGUGGGUGCUAAAGAAACUCUCAUACAUGGACAUGGUCUAAAACCGGAUGAAGUUGUUUUGCCGGCUAGAUACUUUUUCAUACAUGCCAGUACACCGGAGGGCGUACUGUUUGACGAAUCGCCACCUUUGAGUUUUGAAGUGCAAAUUGUGGGCAACUCAGCCCAUGGCCGCUGCAGGUCUCAAGUGGAUGUUAUUGACCGUGGGGAUGGCACGUUUUGGGCACGCUACAAAAUCAUUGACAAUUGGUGUGACAAUGUAGAGAUACAUGUGCGUUAUAAUGGUUCACAUGUAGCCAAAUCACCUUACUAUAUAUGGAAUCGUGUGUAUUCGGAGAAAUGCUAUUGUCCCACCGAACUUAAUCUAUGGAUGAUUAAUAAUGAAUGCAAAUCUGCCUCCCAAGAAGAACAAAUUGUCUCUGAUUUACAUUCCUUUAAGCGUGUUAACUUUAGUUUAAUACGUGAUAAUCUUGUCAAACGUUACAAUCAACCCGAAAGCAUUUCUCUGUGUCAUUACAUUGUUAAGGAUCAGCAAAUUUGGCGUAAAUGUUAUGGCAAAUAUGAUGGCUUUAAAAUGUUUAUGGACGCCACACUAUUGGCUUUGGGUCGUGUGGUACAAUUGCCCGAUAUGGAAUUCUUUUUGAAUCUCGGCGAUUGGCCUUUAUCGAAAAAGGGUGGUCAGCAGAGAACAUCUGGACCCUAUCCCAUAUUCUCAUGGUCUGGUAGUAAUGAUUCACAUGAUAUUGUUUUACCCACCUACGAUAUUACCGAAUCCACUUUGGGCAUUAUGGAACGUGUUACCUUGGAUAUGUUAUCGGUGCAGCGUAGUAAAUAUUUAUGGGACGAUAAAAUUGAUAAAUUAUUUUGGCGUGGUCGUGAUUCUAGACGCGAACGUUUGGAUUUAAUCGAUUUAGCCAGACAGCGGCCCGAUCUAAUAGAUGCUGCCAUAACGAAUUUUUUCUUCUUUCGCGAUGAGGAACAAAAAUACGGUCCCAGAGUGGAUCAUAUAAGUUUUAUGGAGUUUUUUAAGUACAAAUAUCAAUUAAACAUCGAUGGUACAGUAGCCUCAUAUCGUUUACCUUAUCUCUUGGCUGGAGGUUCUGUAGUUUUUAAACAAACUUCACCCUAUUAUGAGCAUUUCUAUGGUAAACUACAGCCCUAUCAACACUAUAUACCAGUUAAACGUGAUUUAAGUGAUUUAAUCGAUAACAUCGAAUGGGCCAAGGAGGAAAAGAAUCAAAAACUAGUUCAAGAAAUUGCUAAAAAAUCUAGAGAAUUUGCUGUAAACAAUUUACUGCCCAGGAAUAUAUAUUGUUAUCAUAUGGCUUUAUUUAAAGAAUGGAGUCAACGUUUGGUAUCACCCAUAAAUGUUUUGCCUGACAUGGAAAGAGUUAGAGAAAAGAAUGCUUGCUCCUGCAAGGAUACACAUGUUAAAGAUGAACUUUAAAUUUUGCAUUAUUGAAGGCAAUUAAUUAAGCACCCACAAACAGUCAUUAGAAAAACAAAAACAACAACAAUUUAAAAAUAUAAUUUGCACCCCACCCUUAGUCCUCCGCAUCUUAAGUGUAAUAAGUAAAUGUUUACAAGAAUCUCAUAGAACUUUUUUAUUAUUAUACAAUAAAAGAAACAAAUGUAAAAUAAAACUUUUAAU